AACACAAAGCUUACAAAUGAACGAGUACUGCGAGGUUUCGCCGGUUGUCAGCCACGUCCAGUUUUGCUAUACUUUUUCUUUUUGUAUAAGUGAUUGAAUUGUGUGGUAUAACGAAAAUGUUCGUAUUGAAAUAUCUUUUUCUGUAUUCAUUAUUUUAUAUUUCACUUGCUUCGGAAAGUGACGUAGUAGAACUUUCAGAUGACGAUUUUUCGACAAGAAUCUCAGAACACGAAACAGUCCUCGUUAUGUUUUAUGCCCCAUGGUGUGGGCAUUGUAAGAAAUUGAAACCAGAAUAUGCAAAAGCUGCAGAACUAAUCAAAGAUAACGAGCCACCUGUGGUAUUAGCCAAGGUAGACUGUACGGAAGCUGGAAAAGAAACAUGUCAAAAAUUUAGUGUUACAGGCUACCCAACUCUUAAGAUAUUUCGGAAUGGAGAUUUCUCACAAGAAUAUAAUGGUCCUCGAGAAGCAGUUGGCAUUGUGAAGUACUUGAAGGCACAGGUGGGGCCCAGCUCCCGGGAGCUGUCUUCAGUUGCUGACUUUGAAGGUUUCACCAAUAAAAAUGAUGUUGUAGUAGUAGGCUUCUUUGAGAAGGAAACAGAUCUGAAAGGUGCUUUCUUGAAGGUUGCUGACAAAUUGCGUGAGAAAGUCAAUUUUGGCCAUUCGACCACAAAAGCAGUGCUGGAGAAGGAAGGACACAAAGAUGCCAUUGUACUGUUCCGACCCAAACACCUGCACAACAAGUUUGAGCCAAAUUCAGUUGAAUAUGUUGGUGCCAACAAGAGAGAAGACAUUGAGUCUUGGAUCAACAAGGACUAUCAUGGUUUGGUGGGCCACAGGCAGAGAGACAAUGUCAAUGACUUCAGACCUCCCUACUUUGUUGCAUACUACAGUGUAGACUAUGUAAAGAAUGCCAAAGGAAGCAAUUACUGGCGAAACCGCGUCCUUAAGGUGGCCAAAAACUUUGCUGACAGCUUCACAUUUGCCAUUAGUGCAAAAGAUGAUUUCCAACAUGAGCUGAAUGAAUAUGGAUAUGACUAUGUGAAGGGAGACAAGCCAGUUGUGUUUGCACGAGAUGCAAAGCACCAGAAGUAUGUGAUGAAGGAUGAGUUCUCGGUGGAGGCACUUGAGCAGUUUGUUAAGGACGUGCAGGGAGGAAAGCUGGAACCGUACCUCAAGUCCGAGCCCAUCCCGGAGGACAACAGUGGACCUGUCACAGUCGCCGUGGCCAAGAACUUUCACGAAGUCGUGACCAAUAACGGAAAAGAUACGUUAAUUGAGUUUUAUGCACCCUGGUGUGGUCACUGCAAGAAACUUGCCCCCAUAUUUGAUGAGCUUGGAGAAAAGUUGAAGAAUGAAGAUGUUGCAAUUGUCAAGAUGGAUGCCACCAACAAUGAUGUGUCUGGUGUGUAUGAGGUUCAAGGAUACCCAACUCUUUAUUGGGCUCCAAAGAAUGGUAAAGAUUCUCCAGUUCGAUAUGAGGGUGGCCGUGAGUUGGACGAAUUCAUUAAAUACAUCGCAACGCAUGCUACAAAUGAAUUGAAGGGCUGGGAUCGCAAAGGAAAACCCAAGAAGGAAGAGUUGUAGGUGAGGACAGUGAAGUGUUACAUAGACUGUUUCUUCCAUAAAGCAGUACUGCAUACAGUAUUGCCAACACAUCAUUAUUAUAUUUGCUUUAAAAUUAUUUUUGGUUCAUAGAAGUGAAGUCAGAGGACUCUACAUGCUGAAUAUUGAAGACUGACCAACAUUCAUGUCCAUUCCAGUGGAUGCAGUAACCUUAUCUGUCCUGUGAAACAUCUAUAGAUGAACAAACUGCCAUGAAUAUUAUGCAGUUGUGAUUAUUGUGUUGUUUACUUUAAUAUAGUGUUAUGGUCAAGAAUUUUUGUAAGAAAUAUUGUGCAGCAAAGUGUACAUUUUUUCCCCCCAUCACUGAGUCAAAUAAAAAGAAUUAUUGAUACUUAA